CUCUCGUGCAGCGCCCUUCUCGGGCAGGCACCCAGAGGAAAGCAUGACGUGGGAUUCCACAAAGAAUGAGGAAAAGAGGCCAAAGGGGCCCGGGAGACCGCGGCUUUCGUGCAUCGGAGGCCGCUUCGGCAGGUGCACGGUUACCCUCGCUUGCACAUGAUAGUAUGGAAAAAGGAAGCAACAUCACAGCAUUAGUCUCAAAUCCAGGGGAACAGGAAACUGUGCUGAUUUCAGAAACAGUGAUAAGUCCAACCUCAGAAAGUGGUGAGAGCCAGAGGAAGAGUAACUCUGAUCCACUCAUCCAGGUCAUCCAAAAACUGAGCAAAAUUGUUGAGAGUGAAAAAUCGCAGAAAUGCCUUGUAAUAGGGAAAAAGCGCUUGCAUCCAGACACGCUGUCACUUGAGCUGCAAAACUUCCCGGAGGUCCCAGCCAAAAUAAUUGAACUGCCUGCCCUGGGCACCAUAAACGUAGAACGUUAUUAUGUGGCAGACUGUCCUCCCCAGAGUAGAAAGAAAGUGGUUUGCUACCAGUGUAGUCUCUGUAAAUCUCUGUUUCCGACUCUUCCUCUGUUGAAAGAACACAUAAAACAACAUGGUCAGCAGAAUGAGGUAAUUCUCAUGUGUUCGAUCUGCAACUUUGCCUCUAGAAGCCUUGAAGAGUUCGAAGCACAUGUCAGGCAUCACCCAGAGAAUGGCGACAAAACUCAAGCUCUGCCAAAGGAGCAGCCAUGCGUCAGUCUUUCGAACACCACCUUGCAAGGGCCGAAGGAAAGCUUUGUUAAAGUAGGCAGUGAUCAGGUGGCCCAGCCUCAGAGUCCCCACAUGACUGAGAAGACGGGACGAAAGUGGUAUACUUAUGAGCAAUAUGGGAUGUACCGGUGCUUAAUAUGCAGCUAUACUUGUGGCCAACAAAGAAUGUUGAAAACACACGCUUGGAAGCAUGCCGGAGAAGUGGAUUGCUCAUAUCCUAUAUUUGAGGAGGAGAAUGAGCAAGCUGUUUUGCCAGACUCCUCCGUAUCAGGUGCUUCUCACAAUGUAGAUACUGUAGUUCUUUCACUCGAAAGUCAUGAACUGGGUGUGUGUAGCGACCAGGCUGUCCAGCUCCAUAUUUGUAGUCCUGAGCAAAUCACUUAUAAAACCUCUCCAGCAGAAGACCAUGUAAAAGAAGCGGUCCCCAAUCAGUCGGCUGCACUUUCGCCCGUAGGCAAAAUGUUAGAGGAGACCAUGUCCGAUACGGAUCUGGAACAAGAGAAUUUGAUAACUGACAGCUUGCUUUCAUCAGCCCAGAAAAUUAUUAACUGCAGCCCAAACAAAAAGGGGCAUGUUAAUGUUAUAGUGGAACGUCUACCAAGCGCUGAAGAACCUGUCUUGCAGAAGUCUUACUCGAUAAGCACUGACAUUGAGGCUGAGAAAAGCAAGAUCUCUGAGCAAACUCGUAUCGUGCACGAGGGAUCGGGGGAAGUUUAUCACAUGGAUAAAAAUUCCGUGGAACUUGAAGAAGUAAUAAUUGGAUGGAGCAGCACAGAAAAGAAAGAGAGUGAUUUAAAUCCUGGCAGAGGCAAAGCAGCAGAUGAAAAUGCUCCUCCUACAAGGAGGAGAACCAACUCUGAGUCCUUGAGAUUGCACUCACUAGCUGCUGAAGCUCUCGUUACGAUGCCAAUCAGAGCCGCGGAGCUAGCCCGGUCGAGCCUCAGAGCCUUUGCCGAGGUCAAUUCCAUGGGUGCAGACAAUGGGCAGAGACAAGCUGACAGCGGCUAUGUAGCCCAUUCUAAAUUAGUCACCUCCCUCAAAACUGAGGAGCUGACAAGCCUAAACCAGACUGACUGUGCUUUCAUGGAAAUACAGAAGGAUAAACCUGAGUUAACGGAAGGUCCAAUUAAAAUGGGUAUUAGCAUGUCACUGCUCACCGUGAUUGAAAAACUGAAAGAGAGGACAGACCAGAAUGCCUCCGAUGACGACAUUCUGAAGGAGUUGCAGGACAAUGUGCAGUGCCAACCUGCGGCAGAGGCUAAUGUUCUGGGGAGCAACCUGGUGGAAUACAUCCCAAAUGUGGAUCGUCCCUUCCGCUGUCGCUUGUGUCACUACAGCAGUGGCAACAAGGGGUAUAUCAAGCAGCACUUGCGGGUGCAUCGCCAGAGGCAGCCCUAUCAAUGUCCAAUUUGCGAACAUAUAGCAGACAACAGUAAGGAUUUAGAAAGCCAUAUGAUCAACCACUGCAAAACCCGAAUGCACCAGUGCAAACAGUGUGAAGAAUCCUUUCAUUACAAGAGUCAGCUGCGAAGCCAUGAGAGAGAGCAACACAGCCUCCCAGAUAUAUAUUCAACGUCUCCAUCUGACAGUCUCAUAACUUGUAGUGAAGUGGAUGAACGAGUUGGGGAUAGGAUUUCAGUCCAAAAACUUUACAGAUGCGACAUUUGUGAUUACACGAGCACAACAUAUGUUGGUGUACGGAAUCAUAGACGGAUUCACAACUCAGAUAAGCCAUAUAGAUGUCGAGUGUGUGAUUUCGCCACAACUAACAUGAAUAGUUUGAAAUGUCAUAUGAGGCGCCACCCACAGGAGCACCAGGCAGUGCAGCUAAUGGAGCAGUUCAACUCUUCAACAUCCCCUGCAGAGGUCUUUCCCACCACUGGCCUUGUUUUUAACUGGAGAAGCCAAGGACUGAACCUGAACUUUGCCAUAGAAUGUGCUCUUUGUGGAUAUGUGUGUAGCCAUCCUCCUUCUCUGAAGUCGCACAUGUGGAAACAUGCAAGUGACCAAAAUUAUAACUAUGAACAAGUGAACAAAGCUAUUAAUGAUGCGAUUUCACAAAGUGGGAGGUUCCCAGGUCAGCUGCCUGGGAAGAUGGUAACUGAAAGCUCUGAAGACAGUUCUGUUCUUUUGACAAGUAACUCAGAAGGCUUGAUGUUUUUGGACUCCUCUAACCAGACUGCUAACAAAACCACAAGUUCUGAUGAAAAUCUGAACCCUACUUCAAUGAAUACCUCAUGCAAUUCUGACAAAACCACUAGCCUGUCCCACUUUGGCACAGAAUACUGCGUUCUGCUCUUCUGCUGUUGUAUCUGCGGAUUUGAAUCCACCAACAAAGAGAAUUUGUUGGAUCAUAUGAAGGAACAUGAAGGUGAAAUUAUAAACAUAAUUCUGAACAAAGAGCAUGCCACAGCUCAGAGCGUAAACUAAAUGAAGUUGCCUCUUUAAACAAUUCCUUAAAGUGCUGUUUUCCUGCUCUCUAACAUUGCCAGAAGUACUUGCUAAAGAGAAGAAUUGUGAGUAAAAACAAUCCCGUUGAUAUCUCUAAAUUUUGAAGCCUUUGUAUCAAAAUGAAAAUAGAUAACUUCACAAGGUGUUGAAGCAGCUGAACAGUAAACACUCCAUGUAUGCUAAAUGGGCACUGAAAAUGUUAUCCCCAGCUGACAGAGCCAUUUUCAAUGCCUAUUACUAAUCCAAAGCAUAGAAGAAGUAUAAUAGGAAAGUCACACUAGGUGUUAACUUAAGGGGUUUAACCUUCCUGCCUUGAAACUAUAUAAAAGGUGUCAAAUUCAUUUCAGGAAAAUUAAGCAAAAGGCUUGACAUGGCUGACUAUAAGAUUAUGAAGCAGCAGUUUCUAAAGAGAGAGAGAAAGAGAGAGAACGGAGGGAAGACAGUAAUUUCCUUGGCCUUAUCUUUCCUAGCAUAAUUACUUUUUUUCAGAGAAGAUCAGUUACUUGCCUGUUCCUGCUUAUAACCGAAGUUGGUAUGCUGCUAAUUACUUAGCUGGCUAGAUUUUGUUUUCUCAGUAUCAGAUGCUACAAGAAGAGAUGUUCUGAAUAUGUACCUAAAUGUGUCUUGUUGGACCCAGAAAGUUCACCAGAACCUCUUAAUAUUACCUAUAUAUGUAAGCAGCCAUCUCAGCAUUUGGAGCAGCAAAUCAGGGGAGGAAGGAACAUGGGUAGCCUUUAAACAAGGCUUUGAAACAACCCCCCCCAAAAGGGGGGGGUUGUCUGUUUUUCAUCAAAUCUCAGUCGACAUUUCAAAAUCCAGGUAUUUAGAACUACUGUGGAAACACAGUGGGUUUGAUACAGAAUUUACCCCCCAAAGAUGGAAGGACUUCCACCCACAGAAGGUUACUGAUGCAGUGAAGCAGUUGCACUGGCAGAAUGAAGGAAAAAGAUAUUUUAUUCAAUUUCCCCCUAUGGUUUACGAAAACCUACUUCAGAGGACUGGGAGACCCUUUGGAACAGUGGGCGAGGUGGCAAUAGAAGCUGUGGGGCAAAAUGAAAAUCCCCCAUUUCCACCAGCGGGAGCCUUUGGAGAGGAAUUCUGCUCACAGGCUGCUGCUGCCAACAGAAGAGUUUGGGAUCCAUCCCAUCAGCACCGGAGGUUACCAUAAACAGGCUAAUCUUGUGGCAUUAUUGUAUAAUUGCCACUAAAAGUCAUCCAUGUGGUUAGCAUACUUGCCCCCAAAAGCACACGCUUUCCCGCCUUGCUAAAUGUCUUGAGCUUCUGUCUUUGGCUGAAAUCCUGAGGACAGUCCAGCUGUGUAGCUCCCAUUAAGUUCAGUGGGAGUUAAGCAGAAUUGUGGCCAAUUUACAUUUUCUUCAAGAAAUUAGUGCCAUGCUUUAUUUCGGUCGUGCCAUGCACUGCAUUUCAUUUAUUCUACUAAACAACAGAUGGUAUACAAAUCUGAAUUAUAUUUCAAGAACUGUAGAACAUAUUUCUUGUGUAUUUAUUAUCUAUUUAUAAUAUUUUAGCAGAAAUAAGCUAGAAGCUCACAUGGUGCUAAUUGAGUUUGGGGGCUUUUGCUAACAUUUCUGAACUGUGAAGCUGGGCAAAUGGAAAAUGAUUUUGUAUAUAAUUUCCAAGUUUUAAAUGCUGAAUUCAGAAGUCUUUCAAAGUAUUUUGUAAGACUACCCAGACUUAAGCAUUCUCCAUCUUGAUUACCUAGUGCACAGUCCUAUGGAGAUUAGUGCAAGUUCUUGACCUCAGAGGUACGUGCUUGUUCAGUGCAGAGCAGAAUGAGUAGUGAAUGCAAUCUUUGUACCACCACCCUCCACUCCUCUAGCAAUGGAAUUUCAGAGCAGGAGAGGAGGAGGUUGGAGGACCAUCAAGAUAACUCAUCUCCUGACUGCUCCGGUCUCCCCCACUGCCCCCAAAACACCCCUUUAACCACUCUCUGAGGUCGCUCUCCCAACCCUGGAAAAGCAGUCAGCAUGGCUCUUUCCAGUUGCAAGGGGGUGGGGAAGAGCUCCAGUUUCCAGCUCCAAGGUCAGAGCACCCCCUUGUUCUAUCAGUUUUGUUUCAAAUUAUAUGCAUCAGUACGUUGAAAGUAGCAGCCAGGUUGUCAUUUACAAAAAUAUUUCAAAUAAAUGAUAAUAUUUAAAAUGUGGGCACAUUUGCAUUGCUCUGGAGGAAAAAACGUGUAGAGAGAAAUUGAGGGGGAUGUUUAAUAUUCAGGAUACUGUGUUUAACUUUUUUGCUAUGAACUAUUAAGACUAAUUAGAAGGAGCUUCAGUCACAAAGCUUGAUUAAGUACACUUGGCUAUUAUUGUUACCUUUUUGCAUUGCAUUUAUAUUCACAGUAUCGACUUCCAGUGCACUGAGAAGCAGGAAGUGAUUGGGCAACUAUUUAAUAUCUCCACUAGCAGCAAAAUGGAGAGUAAACAACAAGUUGACACUAAAAUAUUCUUCAGACUGGUUAGAAGUAGCUCACUCAGAAGUAGUAUUAUAACAAUUUUUUAUAAUCCUCAUUUGUCUAGAUAUUUUGAAGCAUUGCUACAUCAAAAGGAGAUAGAAAAUCCAAAAUAAACAUUUAUUUAAUAUUAAGCUUGUACAAAGUGUAUUGAUACUCCAUCUCCUAUCUUUAUACCAUCUACUUACUGCAAUUAGUUUAAAGUUUGGUUUAAAAAAUUACCGAAGUAACAGAUUAAAUUAUCUUCCAAAUUAAUGGUGGUAGGUCUUAGCCAUGAACCCUUUUUUCCAUAUUGGAUCAUGCUUCUUUACUCGAAGAAAAUUGUGAAUAUAUGAACAUAUAAAAUAGGUACUUAUGGAAGUUAACUAUCAAUUGUUAGGCAUCUAAACCUUUUAAAGUAACUCCGUAUGUGAGGAACAAGUGACUUGAAUUUGGUUUAUGUAAUCUUUACUGUUGAACAGUAAAUGGAUUUUUUAAUUGAUGGAAUUAGAUUGCAGUCCUAUACAUGUUUAGACAGAAAAAGGGGCCCACAACUCCUAAGCGAGGACAUGCUGGCAGUUGUAGGCCUUUUUCUAUCUAAACAUGCUUGGGGGUUACAUCUUUAUAUCCUCAAUACAAAAAGCUUGAUAAUACUGUCAUUUGCACAGGAUAUAAGCAUACUGCUUACGGACAUUUCCCUUUUAGUGUCCAUGUUGCUCUCAGUUCAUUCCUCAAAUGUAUACACUUGUCACAUAGAAGCCUGAAACUAGAAUAUUGAUCAUGUUUCUUGCCUUGAAAAGUGUUGGGGGGUAGCUAUUUGAGUAUGGGCGAUUUCUGCUUUUUUGAGGUUUAAAAGCACUUUUCAAACAUAUGGCUUGUCUUCCCAUCAGUUUUAGGGUAUAAGUAAGAUAAAAUGCUUGGAUUCAUGCCUAACUAUACUGUAUUUGGUUUUAUUAUUAAUUUAUGUAGGAGCAGUUUCAGUGCUCUGCGUUAUAAUUUCAGCCUUUGCUGAUCAUUCUUAGGAUUCCAUUAUGGACAAACUUUCCAUUUACAUUUCCAGCUUCAAUACUUACAUAAACUUGCUCGGAAGCAGAUUUCACUGAAAUCAGCUGAAAUUAUUUUGAGACAGAUGUGGUGCAGAUUGUAUCCUUACAGAGUGGUUCUCAUCCAUUUGUAUUCAGUGGGGGGAACCAUUCUAACGGAUCUUUGUGCUGCAUUUUUUGGACUGCGCAAAUGUGAGGCAGGCUAGCCAGGGUGUGUAUCCAUGAGGGUCGUGGAAUCAUACUUGCAUACCCUGCCUUCUCCUGACUUCAGACCUGCAGGAUAUCUGCAUGUGAAAAGCAGUGUUUACGUCAGGCCUAUCUGCACAAAAAUGAUAUGGAUACUGCAUUCAUAUGGAUAUAUGUGUGGACUCUGCAUUUAUUGCAUCCAACACAUGGAGAUCUCAGCAGGUUCGGAGGUAAGACUGCCAUUCCUACUAUGUGCAAUGAGCUGAUGCAAACCACUUCUCUUUGCUCCAGUAGGCUAACCCACGCUCUGCCUGAACCAGCCCUUUGAUUUCAUUAUAGGAACUUGCUUGGAAACAUGCUAUUAAAAUCAGUGGGACUUGCUUUCCAGUUCAAUGUGGCUUCAGUAGCUUCACCAAUAGAGGCUGUUUUCCUUGCAGCACUACAUGUUAUCCUUAGUUUGAAAGACAGACUGGGGUUCAGCCAGUUACUGUAUUUUAAAGCACUUAUUUAAUCAUUAAAAUAAAAUGUACAGCUGGUGCUCAAAGUAAUGUUAAAAUAUAUUUAAUAGAAUUUUGCAUUUGAUAUUCAUGGGCAUGGGUACAUAUAUUUUUUUAAGAAAAGGAAUUGUAAUACCAUGGCACUGCUUUUUAUAGCCAAAGUAUAAAACUUUUAGAAAACUGACAUGUAAAAAAUGCAGGAAUCUCUCUUGCUGUAUCUUAUUGAUAGGAUGGCUUAUUUUAUAAAAUAUUUUCCGCACAUUAAGCUGCAUGCCUUAAGUUCUCUCUAGAAUUGUCUUGUUUGGAAACUAUGGAAGCAAACUUUGUAGUACUACUUUGACUACCUUCUGAAAUACUGUACAUUGUUAGAAUAAUUUAUUUUGCUUUACAGAAGUUUUGUCAUGUAUUGACUAAUUGUAUUUUGGUAAUAAACUCCUAUGUUGAACACAUCAA